GUCGUUGUGAAGAAACCAGGUAGCUGGAGCCAGGCGCAGGUUCCUUGGGUUGCAUUGACGGGCUUACCGAGUCCUAGUGAUUCCGUUGGCUGCAGCCAUUGAACGGCAGUGAUUACGCUUCGACAUAGCGCUUUCCUAGCCCAAUGCACCGGGCCUCAUGGGAUUGCAAUCCUGGUGUUGCAGGGACUACGGUGUGAUUGACAAAUUACCCUGCAAUCUCGACGUCAGCCACCACGCGUCAGGAUUGGCCGGGGAACAGACACUCGGGAGCUUAUCGAUGACGAUCGCUCCACGAUUCAAGGUUCAAAAUGGGUCCCGUCCGUGCACUUUAGCCUUUGGAGUGGGCUAUUCGUCUUUCCAGACAGCCGGAAGUAUCUGGCAGGCCCUGUCAAGACUCAGCCGGCCUAUUCCACACCAAUUCACCAUUGGUACCAACGUGACCCUCAGAUCAACCAAGAUGCGAAGUUUCACCGCUACACCCCCACGGUGGCACUCGGUGAAUGAGAGUGGAGAGCUGACGGAAAGAUCCGUGGACAGUGAGAAAGAUGCCCGCCUGUUGCGGAAACCAUUGACCAGAAAGUCACGAGAACCGAGCACAGGUGACUUGUAGUGUUCGUCAUUCUGUCGAGUGUGUGGAUCUUUAGCUUGUCGAGAGUCUCGUUUAAAUACAACUCGCUCGUUGCCAUCCCCUCCUCAAUUCCCCCACUCUCAAGCACUGGCGGUUGACUUUCCAUUCUUUGAUGUCUCACCAUGGGAAUCCCACAGUAUAAUGAGACAUCAGAAGAUGCUCGUCCAGACAUCACAGACCCAGAGCACUUGAUUGCACGCUUUGGCCGUCUUCAUGUCCUGGACGACCUCAUCCGCUUAAGGGCAGCAGAUCCAGUCCAGCUGCCCAUCCUAGCCUAUCCCAAGCCAUCCAACGAUGAUGCCAUCUCAUAUGAAUACUUUACUGGGCAAGACCUGGACUGCAUGGUAGACCAAACCGUGUCAACAUUGAUGGACUGUGGUUUUAGGCCGCCCCGCAAGGAUGGAGCUGUGGUCGCUCUUUUCACACUGUCUGAUCUUAACAUGGUGGUUACCUUCUUCGCGCUGAGCAGAUUAGGGUACACGGUCAUGAUGCUCUCUCCACGGCUGUCAGCCGCGGCGUGCGUAUCACUCCUGGACAUGGUCGGCUGCGACACAAUCCUCUAUGGACAAACACCAAGCCUCCGUGCUACGAUGGGUGAGAUUCUCCGUCUGAAGGUAAUCGCAUGUCGCCCAAUUACUCAAAGACCGUCUGUGGAUGCCCCCCAAGAGACCGACGUCUUAGUCCUGCACCGAACCCGGAAUCCAGAAAUCCAAAAACAAAAGAUCGCUUUGAUCCUCCACUCCUCUGGAUCCACCGGUCUACCAAAGCCUCUUUAUCUGAGUCACAAAGCCAUCAUGACCCAUCCAAUGCGGGGUCCGGGGCUAACAUCCUUCAACUCUCUACCGUGGUAUCAUCUACACGGCUUGUCAACGGCCCUACAGGCAAUGUACAUGAGGAGGACAGCGUAUAUGUGGGAUGCAUCGCUGCCCCUAACAGCAUCGUCAGUCAUUUCAGCGCUUGAGGCUGGUAAACCCGAAUCUGUUCAGGGUGUCCCUUAUCUUCUCCAACUUCUAGUCGAUAGUCCCAGGGGACUGGAUGCUCUGAGACAGUGUAAACUAGUGACAUAUGGUGGCGCGCCGUGCCCUGAUGAGCUGGGUGAUCGCCUCGUGGCGGAGGAAGUACACUUUGGCGGCUCGUUUGGUCUAACGGAGGCUGGCCUGGUAGCAGAUUCCCUCUCCCGCCCAGUAGGCGAUCCUUUCUGGAAUUAUGUGAAGUUUUUCGACAAUCUGCGCCCCUUUGUCUGGAUGAAGCCCAUCAGCGGAGAUCUAUAUGAAUGUGUGUACCUCGCUGGUCAUCCAGCACUGACAGCGUCGAAUUCGGAUGAGCCCCCAGGGUCGUACCAUUCCCGCGACGUUUUCACGCCACACCCUACCAUUCCUGACCGAUGGAAAUACGUGACUCGAUUAGAUGAUCGACUUACCCUUGUCAAUGGGGAGAAGGUGUUGCCUCUGCCUAUUGAGGGAGCCAUAAAGCAAAGCCCAUUGAUCCAAGAGGCGGUUGUCACUGGGGUGGGCAAAUCCGUCCCAGGUCUUUUGAUCUUUCGGUCAGACGAGGCAACCAGCCUCUCUGACGAAGAGUACCUAGAUCUUAUCUGGCCUACCGUGGAGGAUGCAAACUCCCGAGCUGAGAAGUUUUCCCAGAUCUCCCGGGACAUGAUCGUGGUCUUACCUGUUGGUUCAGUCUGCCCUCGCACCGAUAAGGGGUCCAUGAUCCGGGCACAAGUAUAUGCAAAAUACGCUGAUGUGAUCGAGGAGGCAUAUACUAAGCUUGAACAAACCGCCGACGGUACCCUUGAGCUUGAUCAAAGUAACACAGUGGCUCAUCUCAUGCGAAUCUGUCGAGAGGAGCUUGGAUUUCCCAUCUCAAGCCCGGAUUCUGACUUCUUCGCCGAGGGAGUCGAUAGCCUAAAAGCAAUUCAUCUGCGUCGAUUGAUCCUCCGAGAUUUCAAGAUCACGGAUAGCAAGACUAUCGGGCAGAACAUAGUGUUUGAAACGGGAAGCAUCUCCCGCUUGGCAGAGCAUAUCCAAGCUGUGCAAACUGGUCAAGACACGGAGGUGGAAGACGAGGUAUCAUUGAUGCCAGAGCUGAUCGAAAAGUAUUCAACGUUCCGCAUGCACACGCCUAACCCGAACAUCGUCUCAAGCAACAGGAGUGUAAUCCUUACCGGUGCUACUGGGUCCAUUGGCGCGCACACCCUUUUCAGACUUUUGAACGAUGAUACAGUGUCCGCCGUGUACUGCCUAACAAGAAGGGAGCAGCCGAAAGAAGAGAUCCUGGAUGCUCUCGCACAGAAAGGCUUGGAGGUGAUGCCCUUCCGCACAAAGAAGAUCGUCGCUCUCAAGAGCGCCCUGGACAAGUCUGAUCUCGGCGUUGGCAAAGAUAUGCUGGCGGAGAUGCAGCGAUCAGUGUCACUAAUCAUCCACACAGCUUGGCCAGUCAAUUUCAACCUACCUCUCGCCAACUUCAAGCCUCAUAUUCAAGGAGUAUACAAUCUCAUCCAGUUUUCUCUCUCAGUACAUCUUCCCGCCCCAGCUGUGGUAUUGUUCUGCUCAUCGAUAUCAACGGCUCUCGGUGCCCCAACGUCUGACAUCAACGAGGCGCCUCUUGACGACCUGAAUAGCGCACUUGAAAUGGGUUACGGUCGCUCGAAGCUAGUUGGAGAGAAGAUCGUAAGCAACGCUCGGAGAUCGGGCGCACGAGCCUUCUCCUUGAGAAUUGGUCAGGUCUCGGGACAUUCAAAGAAAGGUCUUUGGAAUGAUUCUGAGGCCAUACCACUGAUGAUCCGAUCAGCAUUAACCCUCAAGGCUCUUCCUCAGCUCGACACCACCUGCUCAUGGCUCCCCGUAGACAAAUUGGCAUCCUCUAUCCUCGAAAUCGCCAAAGCUUGCUCGGUCAAUACACUAGAAGAUCCCCAGGGCAAUGCGGCAACCAGCCAGCGUAUUGAUGACACUAUAUACAACCUGUCCAAUCCCCGAACGUUUACCUGGUCCACUCUGCUAGAUGCCCUGCGACGGAGUGGCUUUGACUUCAAGACGGUCUCCUUCGACAGUUGGUUACAAAUGCUGCGCGACAGUGAGUCUCGAGGCGAAGAGAUGGUCAAUCCUGCCGUCAAGCUAGCAGAUCAUUACGAGGCCAUGUACGGCGACGAAGCACCAGCACCAAAGACCUUUGUCACGGAGAAGGCCGAGCGAGACAGUACCACACUCCGGAACGGCCGUUUGAGGAUUAUCCAAGAUGGGAUCGUGAAUAGGUAUGCACAGGAUUGGCUGCGGCGCUGGAAGACCACCUAGAUCGCAGCGAGUGUUUGACGAGACGAUGAUAAUGUAGUUUGAACCUUAAUGUUGAGGCUGUUUAUACUUGUUAGCAUUUAUUGCACAUAUAUUGAAUACAACACAAUGAUACUAUUGUUUGAUUAUAGCUUGUGCUGAGCGGGGGACAUGUUGUCCGACCUCAACACCGUCAAAGCCUCGAUGAGGGAGACCCGUGAAUGGCUUGCACAGAACCAAGAACCAAUGAUAUUCAAUCCGGGUGCCACCCGCGUGGCUGAAGUACAGGGUUUUGCCAGUAACUCAAGGCGUUCGGCUUAUUGUUUCUGUGUAUUUUGUUUGGUGAUAUGUUCAGUUCAACUGUCUAUGCAACACAAAGUAUCCAGAACGACACAAAUUAAUACAUCUAAACAGAAUCAAGAACGGUCUACGGGGGACGAGGAGCAGUUUAAACGAGUGGAUAGAGCAAGACAUAUGUCAAGCGUCAAUUGAAU